GGAAGGACUGCGCUUGCGCAGAGAUGGCCAGCUGUUGGAAGGCAGCGCGCGGCGCUCCUUCAACACUCGCUGUUCUGCAUCAGAGCAGUCUCCCACCAUCAGCAGACUCUUCCGCUCCUCUGAGGCUUCUGACUGACACCUGCGCACUUCUGCUCACUUCCAGCAAAUGAGAGAGACUACAAAAGGCCCCCAGAAAGUUCGGCAAAAGGUUUUAGAAAAGAAGAAGAAAAAUGGGAAGAAAGAAAAUACAGAUUUCUCGUAUUCUCGACCAGAGAAACAGACAGGUGACCUUUACCAAACGUAAGUUCGGUCUAAUGAAGAAGGCUUAUGAACUAAGUGUGCUCUGUGACUGUGAAAUCGCCCUCAUCAUCUUCAACAGCACCAACCGUCUGUUCCAGUACGCAAGCACAGACAUGGACAAAGUGCUUCUCAAAUACACAGAGUAUAGCGAGCCCCACGAAAGCCGCACCAACACUGACAUCCUGGAGACCCUGCGGAGGAAAGGUCUUGGUCUGGACAGCUCAGAGCUCGACAGCGAGGAGAAUGUGCGGGUGACAGCUGACAAAUACCCCCUCAGUGAGAGCUUGGAUCUCUCUGUGGCUCGUCAGCGUCUCUACGGCCCUGCACUGCAUUCCCCAGAAGCACAGCUCAUGGCGUCUGCAGGCUGUGAAAACAGUUUUCCCAACUCCUCUGCAUCAAACUUGACCUCCAACAGGCCGCCAAGCUUUAAACCUCUGAGCUGUAGGCCAGGCUCCUCCAGCCCUGCUGCAUCACAUGUGCACGGUACGCUCAUGUCUCCUCACACAGGUAUUGGUUAUUCAGUGUUCUCCCAUGGCAGCGUGAAUCGAGCUCUGGACAUGAAAAGUCCUCCUCCUCUGAACCUGGGCAGCGACAACCUGCAGGCAGAUGCUGCAAAUCCAGGCAUGGGAUCCACACGGGCGAACCAUAACUCUGCUAGGGGUUUCUUGUACCAGGGCCUGCAAGCGGGCAACUCCAUGGUGGCCAUGGGCAAGGCGGGGCUUUUGAGUCACGGUUUGGGCGGCUAUGGCUUUCCGACCUCUGGAACUCCUGAGUACAGCCAGCCGUGUUUCUACCAGUCUGUUUCCUUUCAACGGGGAACUGGGAAUCCUUGGCAACCAGCAGUUCUGCCUCAGCACGCCUAUGGGUCGCAUGUGAGCUCUGGGAUGUCCAGCGGAGGGGGCUCUUUCCCAAGUCAGACUUGCUCCUCAGACUCUGCACACUUGCCCUCCCUCAACCUCAGCAUCAAAUCAGAGAGAAGCUCUCCUGAGCACAUGCCUUCACCUUCCACCCCUCCUCUUCACCACCUCCGGCAGGGAUCUCCAAUGAACAACCCUGAUCCCGUUUGCCGCACGCCUCCGGAAACACAUCUAACCAAUGGGGUCAAGGUGUUUCCCAAAGCUGGCUACCUCCACGAGGAAGAGGUGGGAGGGCAUUCACUCAGGCCGUUGGAGACGGAUGACGGCUGGCAGAGAUAGCCAGCUCUGCCCUCCACCAGCACCUCCCUUUCAGCUGACCUGGAGGUCAUGGAGAAAUGCCCCACAGAUGUUUGCCCUCACAGAGCCGGUCUCUCCUGGGUGGUGGAGAAAUCCCCACUUGCUUGAUCACAUGAAGUGAAAGGUCUGACACUGACUCUGAUUAGUGUCACUCUGAUUAGUUUCUUUUUAGUUUAUGUUGAAUCCUAAAUUAUUCAACUCAAAGUGUUUGUUCACAACUUCAAAUGCUUUAGUGGUGAAGUCAACUGAAUGCUUCUACAUCCAAAGAGUUUUGGCUUCCAUCAAAUAUUCUCUGAAGCCUGAGCGAAUCUUAAGCUUUCUUACCUUUUCUGACUCAACCACCUUUCUAAAGAUGCUAAAAGCCUGAUUGACGUGUUGAGUGAUCACAGCACAGGUUUUUUUAAAGUUCUCCUUUCCUAUGGAUAGACUUGGCCUGUCUACAUUUGAAUGGCAACCAAUGUCUCCAAUCAGGAGUGAGCAUGUUAGAAGGCCACGCCCCUACCACUGAAAGAUACAUCAUUCAGUCUAAAACAUUGGCUAUGUUUACACUGCAGGCUGAAAUGACCCAAUUCUGAUUUUUUUACUCCUAUGCGACCUGUAUCUGAUCUAUUCAUUACAGUCUGGACGACACAAAUCCAAUCUUUUCAAAUGUGACCCAGGCCACUUGGGUAUGUCGUCCGGAAUCCGAUACCUAUCCGAUCUUUUGAAAUGCGACCACCGUCUGACCGACCAUGCCACAUGAAUACGACCUGUACGUCAUUGUUAAGCUACAAAAGUCAUCAUUCUGCGUUGAAGUAGGCGGGAACGAGAACAUAAACCACAACCAUGGUGGACGAUGCUGCUGAGACCAGUCAGUGGAAGGGAAGCGAGGUCACCGAUUGGAUUCAUAUUUGGGGUGACAGCUCUAUUCAGGCCAAACUCAAGGGCUUUUAUAGCAACCAGGCGGCUUUUGAAAAUAUUUCCAGCGAAAUGGCCGAGCGUGGUGUUGAACCUUCCCCGCGAUUACUUUUUUCUCUCGUUCCGACCGUGGUCAGAAGCGCGG